AUGACGGAGUCAACGCAUGAAGUCAAUGGUACAUCGGAAGAAAACAUCACUGUUAAAUUUACUUUACAAGACCCUGUUAUCAUCAAAAUCUCUGAUAAACCUAGUCUGUACAAAGAUAAGAACAAGAUAGGAAGUUGCAAACAAAUCAGCCCUUGUAAAGAAAAGUUUGCACUCAGUGAUGUGGAAAACUGUACUGUCACACUACACAUCACAAAUCUCACACUGGAAGAUGAAGGAACAUAUCAUGUUGCAGUGUAUUCGGAAGGUGCUAUCCCUCUUAUUGAGAGCAAUAGAAUUUAUAUUAAAGUCACAUUAAGCAAUACAACAACAGAAACUACAACCACAGCUGUGCAUGAAAAUGUAGUGACUAAUUCACCUAAACUGGAGCUAUCGGAACAAAAACCAUUCUUCAUUUUCUUCAGUGCAUCAGUCAUAAUAUUUAUAUGUCUUUUUGUGGGCAUAUUGUGCUGGCUUUUUAGGACCUAUCCAAGAAAACCAGAUGCAGAAAACCCACCAGUUCACAGCAACCGAUCAACACAACUGCAGGGGCAGUGUGGGACAUCCGGGGCUGUGUUUGUCAGCUGUGUGGAGUAUGGGGAGUUAGACUUUCAAAACAGACCUGAAAGAGAUGACAGAGUAAAACUUGCCGAGGCGACAUCAAAGGCCCAGGACGGAGUGGAAUAUGCUGCCAUCAUUUUCCCUCAGCAAAAACAGCCACCGAGUGGGCGGAUGAGAAAUAAACAGCAAGUACCUGCUAUUAAGUGAUAGUCAUAAAACUCAUAAAACCAUGUAUUGUCCACUAAAGUGAGUCUGUUUUAACGUUUGCUCAUGUAAACCUAAUAUAUACUAUUUGGGAGUUAUGCAGAGUGAGUAGAAAUCUUAAGAAUUUUUGAUAAUAAUUACAUGAUCACAAUCUGCCACAUACUGUAAGUCAUCUUCUCACUGUUAACGAGUUCAUACUGAUACUGUAAACGUGCCACAGAGUUUAACACUGAGUCAUAGUGAGGUGCUAACCACAGAAGCCCCCAUAAAGAAACCUGAGGUACUUGAAUAUAUUUGUACAGUAUUAUGCAACCCAGGCUCAUUGGAAAGAACGUGCCUAGCCUGCAAAAUGAUAGCAUGUUGGUUUGUUUCACAUUUCACAACACUUUCCAAGUGAAAUGUCCAGUAAAUGGAGGUGCAAAAAAAAGGACGUUCAAUUCAAUCUAAAACAGAUGAACGUGAAUUUGGCAACAUUUUGUUGAGUUGGUUGUUGAAUGUGAAUCGCAGCAGUCCGUGAAUUAAAUGUCUGGUGUGUGGCGCUAAAAGGUUAAUGCUCUACCGCAUUUGCAGUGCUGGGUAGAUUAUCAACUGAUUACAAAUUACAUGACAAAAUUAGUAGUUAUAACUAUAGUGACAUAAUCCAUUACAUUACACAUUUAAGGUAAUAUAGGACCAGAUUUACUAAACUGGGCAAAUCAGCGUGAGAGCGUAAUCCCAUAAAAGCGCAGAUGGGAGUGGAAAGUUCUGCAGGUGAUUUAUUGACAAUGCACAUAUUAAAGAA